AUGUUUUCUGCUACGGAUAGAAUGAUGUUAGUUAUGCUUGCGGUAUUGGUUGUGUCUACAUUUCCACGUACAAACGCUAUUAUGUUCCGGUUAGGUCCAAACACGCAAAAAUGUUUGCGAGAUGAAAUGCAAGGCAAUCAAAUUGUAGCCGGCGAAUACGAAAUAACUAACGCACCAGGUCAAAAGAUUGAUUAUGUGGUACGAGACACCAAAGGACACAUCAUGGCACAAAAAGACGACAUCUCUAAAGGAAAGUUUUCAUUCACAUCGGAAGUUUACGACACCUUUGAGAUAUGCUUUAUUUCACAUGUACCACCAACUCAUCGAGGAAUAGACCAAGAGGUUUUGCUGGAUGUGAAAAAAGGCAUUGAAACUAAAAGCUAUGAAGGGAUUGGUGAGGCUGCUAAAUUGAAACCUUUGGAGGUGGACUUGAAAAGGCUCGAAGAUCUGUCUGACGCUAUUGUGCAGGAUUUUGCGUUGAUGCGAAAACGCGAGGAAGAAAUGCGUGACACAAACGAAUCAACAAACAGUCGAGUUCUUUUCUUUAGCAUUUUCAGUAUGAGCUGCCUGCUAGGUCUCGCCACAUGGCAGGUGUUAUAUCUGAGACGGUACUUCAUUGCGAAAAAACUAAUUUAA